GUAAGAAUAAUUUGACAGUUCUUCCAUUUUUGUUGUGAUUUCUGUUACCUUUUAAACAAUCUUUUCUAGAAAAGUGCUUUAAAUUACAAUGACUACGAAAACGAAUUCCAUUGACGCUAGGCAAGAACUUGCUGAAUUGGUUAAAAGAAAAUCAGAAAUUGGGGAGACCUUAGCAAGUUUAGAAAGGCAAAUAUAUGCUUUUGAAGGUUCUUAUUUGGAAGAUACUCAAUUGUAUGGUAACAUAAUAAGAGGUUGGGAUAGAUAUUUAUCGAGUAAUAAAACGACAAACUCAAAAAAUGAUAAGCGGAACAGAAAGUUUAAAGAAGCUGAAAGGCUCUUUUCCAAGUCAUCUAUUACAUCUAUGGCAGCUGUUAGUGGAAUAGUAGAUACAAAUCAGGAAAAAAUAGAUAGAAAUAGUGAUACAGAGUCACAAACAAAUGAAGACUCAAGUGAUACAAACAUAACUCCUACGAUAGUGCAAAACGAAAAUGGCGUCAAAACGGCGGGAAAACAUUCGACAAACGCAAAUGGUACGCAGAAUGGCAUCGAUCAUUCAAGCCCUUCGAGGGAAGUUUCAAACAAAAAGCCUUUCGCUUCAAGUGCCAAAAAAAAUAACAAUAAGAAAGCUAAACAUAGAUAAAUAGGGUUUUGGGUUUAUUACGUAUAAGUUUGAUGAGAUUUAAGUGUCUUCUUGGUGUAAGAUAAGAAAAUAAAUUAUUUAUAGAUCCA